AUGUCAUUGGAAGCAGCAUUAGCAGAGGAAAGUAAAAACAUAUUGAGAAGACUAGACGGGAGACCACCCACUGUUCUCAGGGGACGUAAGUCCAUAGACCGUUCAAUGUCUCCACAUGGUCAAUUAAGGUCAACUUCAAGAGGUAGAAAUAGAGGAAGAUCAUCAGAUAGACGUAGUCGUGGUGCGUCAAGAGCUAGAUCACAAGGUGAAGAUGUCAAUUACAAGUGGUCUAUAUUGUUCCAUGAUCCCUCAGAUAGAUUUAUCAAUAGUGAUGAUAACUUAGAUAAAUCUGGUAAUGAAGAUGAUGAAGAUGAUAUAAGUGAAGAAGAACAAAUUAGUGAUGAUGAACAAGAGUUUGAGUAUGAUAUCAAUGAUUUAAGACUACCAAACUAUAGAAUAUCAAUCAAUGAUUAUUAUAGAGGGAAAGUUGCAAAAGUUUCUCAACCAAAUAAUAAUAAAAAUAAUAAUAAAACAAACACUAUUGGUGCUUCCACUGCUUCAAAAGUUAUUAGUAGUAUUGCCAAAAAUUUAAAUUUUGAAAAAAAUGAAGAACGUCAUAUUAAAAAAGAAGGUGAAAAAUUGGAACAAUUAAGUGAAGUUUUAGCCUUGGAAAAAGGUUUAGAAGAUGCUAAAAAUCUUGGUGAAAAUGUCCCUAGAGAGACAAUUGAUGAAGUUGCCAAAAAAUUAAACGAAAUAGGAUUCCAAGGUGAUAAAUUAAGUGUUAAUGAUUUAGUUAAGUUGGAAAAUGCUAAAGAUACAAAAUAUGAAGAAUAUAAGAAGACUUUAAUUGAUGAAUCAAAAGAUCUAGAAAUUGAUAAUACAACAUCACAAUCACAAUCCUCUGAAGUAGAACAAGAAGAAAGAAUUGUGGAAUCUCCAUUAGACUCAAAUGAAACAAAUUUAAGAGUUUCAAGAUCAAUUACUUUGGGUAAAUUCUUCACAAAAGGUUUAACAAGUUCACAAAUUAGAUCAUAUUUAUUAUAUAUGGAUUUAUCAACAGAAUCAAUAAAUUCAUUACAAUAUACUUUAGGUUCUGUUGUUAAGAGUGGAGAUGUUCUUUAUAUAAUAAAUACAGUUAAUGAUGAAGAUUCAAUUGAAUUUUAUCAAAAACAAACUGAGAAAUUAACAAGUUUAGUUAAAACUUAUAUGAAUUUAAUUGCAGAUUCAAAUUUUAAAUUACAUGUUGUUAUUGAAAGUAUAAGUCAAGAAUAUCCAAAACAUUUUUUGAAUAAUUUAAUCAAAUAUUUAAAACCAAGUUUAUUAAUUGUUUGUUAUAGAAUUAUUAUGAAUGAAUUAAGUAAUUAUAUUUCAAAUAUUCCAUUAAUGAUUAUUAAAAGAAAAGCUAAAAGAAGAAAGUCUGCUGUAUAA